UCACUCAUACGCGCGUUCGGAUCUUACGCAGCGGUCGUCGCCGACUCACAGCAGCUGAACAGAAUCAUAAGAUCAGAGCUUUCUCCCUUCUGAUUUCGAAUCAAUGGCCACGGAAGCUUACGCCGCACGAAACCCAGCAGAGGUUCACACGGACGUCCUUUCCAAUGCCAGACAAGCUUGCUACAAGGCUCGGGACGCUUUCUAUGCGUGUGUGGAGAAAGAAUCGGACAAGAAGCAGACCGAAAUCGCGUCGAAGGGCCUGUUGUACCCAGCAGAAUGCAAAGCUUCGAGGGAGGAGUUUGUCAAACACUGCCGUACUUCUUGGGUGAAGCAUUUUGAUGCGCUCUACUGCAAGAACAAGAGUCUGAAGAGGCUUUUGGAUGAUAAAGAUUCGAGGAAAGGAGUAUAAAGCUUGAAUUGGCCCCUGACACUGAAGGAGUCGUCCUGGUUAGUUCCUGGGUUCAUGUUCAAUUCAUUAUUCAAUGGGAAGCAGAAAUCUGUAUGGUUUAAAGUUUGCACUGCAGAGGCAGUACCACAUUAGGAAGCUGUCAAUCUUUUGGUGUCAAUGCAUGUUUAAAUAAGAAACAAUGGAGAAUAUGGUGUAUAUAUCCGACAAGAUGUGUUUCUGGCAAAAUUUGAUGUAAUAAUUUGAAAGCUCACAUAUUUGGAAUACUUCUUUGUGGUUCAUAUGUUUGAUGAACUUGACACACCUAGGAAAUCUAGGCAAUUGGUAGAAUGAAAGAAGUGCAGUGUUGUCAAUGCUAGUGUUCUGA